AUGAAGCUGUGGCGCGGUGUUGAUGCAGUACCGCCGGUGACACGAUUCAAGCGCCGGUGCAACUGCAGCAAGGAUGAGGCGAGUCGUCGUGCCAACCCGCUCGAUGGCAUCUACCUGUUCAGGCCCGUGAGCCAGGAUCCGGCGGCGCAGCCCCACCUCGCACCAGCAACACAGCAUGCGCUUCGAUCAGAGGCAGGCCCUUUGCCUCAGUUCUGCAGAACCUUUGAGGAGUACACACGGGCGCUGGCGACAGAAGUGAGUGAUGCGCAGUAUGCGCUGGCAAAGGAAGUCAAGCGGGCCGACGACAGAGUCACAGCGUGCAUGCUGGCGAGCGAGCGGCGGGCGGUGCAGAUGCGACGUACGAGCGAGCGACUGCACGGGCUGCGGCAGGUCGGGCACAUGGUGGCGUGCACGCGGGACAACACGCAGUUUCUGCUGAGUCAGCUGGUGCAGCUGAACGAAGCGCUGCCGGUCGACGAGCAGGUGCCACUGCCACCCAUCCUCCAACGCCAGCUGCAGCAACAGCAGCAGCACAGGGAUACUCCCACCGAUGGACGUGGCGGAGGCGAAGGAGACGGAGGAGGGCAAGAACACGAUGAAGAGGGCGAGGGAGAUGCAGAAGACAACGCACAUGUGCAAGGUGUUGAAGCAGGCACUUUGGCGCGUGAUGGUGAAGGUGAAGGUGAUGGUGAUGAUGGUAAUGGUGACGCUGGGGCGAAAUGA